AUGCAGACUGCUGGCCGUCUCCGCUAUAGGACCCUGGAACAGCCGCGCCACUGGACCGAGGAGAACAAGGACUGCCUCGCGCAGGAGUAUGCAAGAUUGAAGGAGUAUAUGUUGUCAAAAAUCGGCGAGAGAAUGGCCAUACCGUGGCGCGCAGCGGAGGAUUUGCAUUGGCAGCUGGGCGAACAAGAAUUGAUCCGCCGAGCGGCAAGUUGCUUUCGGACGAUCGGCCAAGAACCCCGCAAUCGUGACACGGACGUUUCUCCCUCUGAACCUCUUCCAGGCUUUCUAAGAGAAAAUGAGAGAAUCCUGGAGAGGUAA